UUCCUUGCCAGCUUACCCGGCGUCUCGUGGUGGGCUGUGAUGGGCGUCCAAGCUAUGAUGCUGAUGGGCGUUCUCGGCGUGUUGGGCGGCCAGAGCGAGGCAAGGGCGCGGGCACAGCACACGUGGGCGUACCAAGUCAUGGAAGAACAGGAGAAGGUCGAUAGGAUGAAGAACGUGAACAAGAUUCUCCUGGAGAACAUCCUGCCAGUGCACCUCGUCGACCGGUUCAUUUGCGACACGCCCAAGGAACUCUACCACGAGCGAUACAGCAGCGUGGGUGUGAUGUUCGCUUCAAUCCCCAACUACAAGGAGUUUUAUGAUGAAACGGACGUCAACAAACAAGGCCUAGAAUGUUUACGUUUGCUGAAUGAGAUCAUUUACGACUAUGACGAGCUGUUGGCGAAGCCGAAAUUCAGCGUCAUAGAGAAGAUCAAGACCAUAGGCAGCACGUACAUGGUAGCAGCUGGUCUUCAUCCGGGCAAGGAGAAUGCGAGAGACAGGACGGAAUACUGUUUGGUUUUGCUCGUGGAAUUUGCGUUGGCUAUGGCGGCCGCCCUCGACUCCAUCAACAGGGAGAGCUUUCAGAACUUCAAGCUGCGUGUGGGCCUAGCCCACGGUCCCGUCAUCGCCGGUGUCGUGGGCGCUCAGAAGCCGCAGUACGACAUAUGGGGGAACACAGUGAACGUUGCCUCGAGGAUGGACUCCACCGGGGUCAUGGGCAGGAUACAGGUAACCGAGGAGACGGCAGCCAUCUUCCAAGGAGCCGGCUGGAAGUGCGAGUGCCGUGGGCCGCGCGCCAUCAAGGGCAAGGGCACCUUGGUGACCUACCUGGUGACGACGCCCCAGGACCCGCCCGCUUCGGAGCUCCGCAACGCAGCUUCUGCCUACGCCCUGAGACCCGAAGAAGGUGCUCUGCUCCGCCGACCCACAGCUGCAUCAGUAAAAGACGUGCUCACUGUAGGAUCGAAUCCUCUUCCGCCAAGGCCUCCCCAGAAGGAUCCUUCUCCUCUUCCUACAGGAGGAUCGUGUGCCAGCGCUCAGAGGACCUCGGAGGCAGUCCCCAUUCAGAAGAUCCUCGUGACGGCCAAGAACAUCGACGUGACGAGCGGGAACGUGAGCGACGCGGUGAAUAGCAUGGCCCUUCGAGACAACGGAGGCGGCGGCGAGGAGGUUCCUGCGGGGGCUGGAAAGGCCACGGCAGGAGGAGGACCUUUUGAGACAUCUCCCGUGGAAGCCAACAUCGCUAGGGGCGCGCGGUCUCGAGGGAGCCAGUGUCUCGACGAGCAACAAGGAAAGGCUCAGAGCAACGCAGAUUCGUCUUUGCCAAAUCCCAACAGGCAGGCGCAUGCGACUAGCACGUCUGACGGCGUUUCCUCGAGUAAAGAGAACAUGACACGUGUGAAUAAUCCUCACCCGGUGACAAAACAGACAGCAGAAACGCAUUCUUCCGCGCCAGAAAAUCCAGUGCAACCCGUUUUAGCCAAAGACAGCACAGCAGAGAGUACCACAGCGAUCCUAAACAGAAUGCCAUUUGAGAGACAAAACAGUUCAAAGCAUGAGAAAAAGGCUGCGGACUCCUUUGUUUUGUUAGAUACGAGAGACUUCACGCAACCUUCUCUCACUUACAUUGACGAGUGCAGUGUUAUAAAUGAAAACGGCUUAGAAACCAAAUUCCAGGGAGAACUUUCGGAAAAUAUGAGCAUCUAUGAAAACCCGACAAAUGCCGUGCAGCAACCUGCGGUGACGAACAAAAAUGCUCCCAAAUACGAAGCUAUGCAAAAAAGAAAUGGCCAUUCAGGGGCCAGUGUGGAAGACAUUACCGAAAACCAAGGAAGCCACGUUUAUCCGGGAAAGUCCACUCCUUCGGAAAGAGCGUCCCUCUUGCCGAAGAUAACGAGAGGAAAGUCCGUAGAAAUCUUUUCCUCGGCAGAGAACAACAGAACCACCGGAGACGCAACGAAGAGGAGAAUCUCGGUGGCUAAUUGUGUGAGCGAAGCGAAGAUAACUCUCACGAACAAUGGUGAAUGUCGUGAAAAUGGGUCAAAGGGCAGAGACGGCGCCGCGAGUGGAGGCUCGGUCACCAAAGCGUCCCAUGUGCUAGCCAGCGACAUUAUCCUCAGGAAGAAAAAUCAAGUCUUUGUGUAAUGGCUGACGACAUUCACUAAGAAGAGUAAAUAUAUAUAUAUAUAUUUUUAAAUGACAAUAGAUAAUAGACUCACAGGUGUCCUGUACAGGUUUGGAAAGCACCAGGAACUUCGGCAUUCCCCCCCAAAGAAGGGAAAAAUGGAAAAGAGAAAAAAAAACUGUAAACGAAAAAAAUAUAUAUUCUCUUAAUUGCAAAUCAAAUAGCUUUAAACCCUCGAAUUUCUUAUGGUAGAUAAACAACAACAUACUAACGAUGGAGAGGCCGGAGGUUUCCUCAAGCCGAGUAGGCAUAUUUUACAGUGUUUCAGCAAGACGUAAUAAUCCAUACAUACACAUACAAACAAACAAAUAGAUGCACACAAACGCGCGCGCGAGGGUCUAAAUUGUUUUAGGCUGAAUAUCAACAAAAAUACGGUUGGUUUUCGAGACUCCAUCUGUUGGAGGACUGAAAAGUUGGUGAUGCAGAUCUGGAGCAACAUGGCUUCCUGUAACUUUCCUUGUUGUUAUACAUAUCAGUUCUGGGAAUGGCCCGAUUGGUGUUUGUUGGAGGAAGUAUUAGCCUUUGGCACAGUGACUAGAAACCACGCGGCAGGACUUUCGAACAAAUGAAUAAAGACAGUAUGCAAACCUUGGACCUUUUUCUAUUAGUAGCAACUUUCAUGUUCGCAUUAUGUACAUAGCCUGAGUGUCCAAAAAUAAAUGUGAUAUUAUAAUUCAGUAUAGCUGUGUGCAAGUUUGCUAGAUGAUUGUGAUUUGUGGUUUUAAGCUACAAACUUGCAGUUCAGAAACACUGGAAAAAAGGAAUUUUACUUUUAGGAAUACUGAAAUGGUGACACUGUCUUCCUUACAAUAUAUAUAUAU